AUGAAUGUUGCAUUGCCUCAGAAUGGGGCACCAAAGUCACCUUUGUCCCGUUACCGCCUUCUCUCUCCCACUGCCUCUGUCCGCGUCAGCCCGCUAUGCCUCGGUUCUAUGAAUUUUGGUGAUGCUUGGGCUGAUUGGAUGGGGGAAUGCAACCAGGAGAGCACCGAAAAAAUCCUCGACUUCUUUUUCGAGCAAGUAAGGCGUAUGAACGAGACUGAGCCAGAUCGAACUCCAGAACCAGACCUUCAGGGCGGAUCGCUAAUAGCCUUCUUUGAUCUAGGAAAUUUCAUUGACACCGCAAACAGUUACCAAUUCGAGCAAUCGGAAACAUGGAUUGGCGAGUGGAUGAAGAAGCGCGGCAAUCGUGACCAGAUGGUCAUUUCAACCAAGUACACCACCAACUUCAAAGCUGGCCCUAAUCAUCCUCAUAUCAUGGCCAACUGUGUUGGAAAUGGUACCAAGAGUUUACAUGUAUCAGUCAAUGCUAGCCUUCGGAAGCUGCAAACUGACUACAUCGACCUUUUGUACAUCCAUUGGUGGGACUACAGCGCGUCAAUACCAGAAGUCAUGCAGUCCUUGAAUCAACUUGUCGCUACAGGCAAAAUCCUGUAUUUGGGAAUCAGCGAUGCCCCGGCUUGGAUUGUGAGCAAGGCCAAUGAAUAUGCUCGAAACCACGGACUUCGCCAGUUCUCGGUCUACCAAGGUCGAUGGUCCGCGUCUUGCCGAGACUUGGAGCGCGAUGUCAUUCCGAUGUGCAAGGCUGAAGGCAUGGCCAUCACUCCUUGGGGCUCACUUGGCGGCGGAAACUUCAAGACUGAGCAGGCCCAAAGAUCCAGUGAAGGCCGCAGGACAGAGGUUAGCGACACCGAUAUCAAAACAAGUCGGGUACUUGAGGAGAUCGCCAUCCGCAAAAACACAGCCAUCACUAGUAUUGCCUUGGCGUAUGUAAUGCACAAGACGCCCUAUGUGUUCCCUGUCAUAGGAGGAAGGAAGGUUGAGCACCUCAAAGGCAACAUUGAGGCACUUACAAUCGAGCUCACUGACGAAGAAAUUCGAUUAAUCGAGGCCGCCGUGCCCUUUGAUCUUGGCUUCCCUCAUAACUUUCUAUGGGGCCGACAGGUACCCAAUCCUUUACAGGACGUCUGGCUUCUGUCCACUGCCGGAAAUUUUGAACAUGUUGAAGAAGCCAGGCCUAUUAUACCGAAGAAGACAGGGGAGUAG